AUGGUGGUGACCUUGAGCAGAAGGCUGCCCGAUAACCUAUCGGCUGCUUCCUUUUUGCUUAUGUCUGCAGUGAUUGUCGGAGGGGAAGAGGGAAGUGAAGGUGGCAGUGUGGUGACGAGUGGUGGCUGCCACGUUUUCCUUUGUGUUUCUUGGAAGAAAAUGGACGAGAAAAAUGAUGGAAGGAGUGAAGAAGGUUUGAGGUAUGUUGGUGGAGUGGUUUUCGAUCCAAUGAGGGAGUUCCCGCUGAGAAUAUUAAAAGAAAUGUCGAGCAAACUCGUUUUGUUGAGUGUAUUAGCUCUAACUUUUAGCUACCUUGCGUUAGCCUAUGAGCCUAGCUCCCUCCAAGAUUUUUGUGUAGCCGAUCCCAAUUCGUCAGUGAAAGUAAAUGGUGUGACAUGUAAGAACCCGAUGCAAGUUCAAGCAGAGGAUUUCUUCUUCAGUGGGCUACACCUCAGGGGUAACACAUCGAACCAAUUGGGAUCAAAGGUGACCCAGUGUUUGCUGCUCAGUUACCAGGACUAA